AUGAAUUAUUCCAGUCCUGUGUUGCUCACUUGCAGGCUUGUAGCCUUAGGCGGUGCUUCCACUUCGAUUUUGUCUGCAGCACAUAUCGAUCUCCUUAUGCAUUGUCCUGAAAGCUUGCAGGAACACAAGGUAUCACACCGAGAAGUAGCCGAUCGACUAUCUCGCCUCGCGCGAGUGCGAGAAAACCAGCGGAAAAGCCGCGCCAGGAAGCAGCAAUACAUCCAGGAGCUGGAGCAGAAAGUGGCGGCGUGCAAGGCCCAGGCGCGGCAGAAGGACAUCGAGCAGAGGCUAUCGCUGCAGAAGCUGGAACGGGAGAAUGCGAAAUUGCGCAGCCUGCUGAUCAGGAUGGGUGUCGAUGCGGGGUAUAUCGACGAGUAUCUACGUGGCGAUUGUGAUGAUCAUGAUGAGGAGGCUCGUGCCGUAUCGGAGAAGAUUGCGAUUCCGGCCCUCAGAAGAAGGGUUGAGCUGUCGCAAGCCGUUUCCAGACCAAGCAGGUCUUCUUGUGACACUAUUACUGGCUCUAAAGAUGCGGGAUAUGCAUCGAGGUCAAAUAACACCGAGCAGACUGCGAACACAACAGACCUGAAACAGCCUGAUCCAUCAUCAAAUCCAACGGCAGAAACGGGUCGCAUUCCGGAUGCACCGCGCGAAACAGCCGCCGAUACAAAGACGUUGUCUAGAGCGGCCACCAUCUGCGACUGCGACGAUUCCUGGCCGGCAGACGAGAGUGCUCUCAACACGACUCUGUGCGCCAUCGCCGAGGAGCUGAUUCACCGGUACAACACGCGCGGCGUGGACAUGGCCGUCAUCAAGGAGAAGCUCUGCGCGGGCUUCCGAAGGGCGGGAAUUUGUCGUGAUCAGCCAUCUCAAGACACGAGUCGUCAAGCACCUGGUAUUACAUUGCCCGCUUUUUUAUAUCCUCACAGGUUCGAUGAUCGACGGCGGUGCAAGCAACCAGAAGCUAUGACUAGUCGAUUGUCACCGGACUGGACUUGA